UGUGACAUUUGGGUCCAGUUCAGCCGGGGUUCUGACACACAGACAGGUUCGGCCCGAUACACGCCGCGAUGGGACUGACAAGCGACCCAAACUUCCAAAAUUUGGAGAAAUGGUACAAAUCCAACGGCGCUAAUCUCAACAUGAGGCAAAUGUUUGACUCUGACAAAAACAGAUUUCAAAAGUUCAGCUUAACUUUAAAGACAGAUGAAGGGGAUAUUCUACUGGAUUACUCCAAGAAUCUUAUCAAUGAAGAGGUUAUGAAGAUGCUUGUAGAGCUGGCAAAGUCUCGUGGCGUGGAGGCUGCCAGAGACAAGAUGUUUUCAGGAGAAAAGAUUAAUUUCACUGAGGGUCGUGCGGUUCUCCACGUUGCCCUGAGGAACCGUUCAAACACGCCCAUAAAUGUGGACGGUAAAGACGUGAUACCAGAGGUCAACAAGGUUCUGGAGAAGAUGAAGGGCUUCUGUCAUAAAGUUCGCAGUGGCGAGUGGAAGGGGUACACAGGAAAAUCCAUCACAGAUGUUGUCAACGUUGGCAUCGGGGGAUCUGAUCUGGGUCCGUUAAUGGUGACAGAAGCCCUGAAGCCGUACUCUAAAGGUGGACCCCGGGUGUGGUUUGUGUCCAACAUCGAUGGAACACACAUUGCUAAGACUCUGGCUGAACUCAAUGCCGAGACCACUCUCUUCAUUAUCGCAUCAAAGACGUUCACAACCCAGGAAACGAUCACAAAUGCUGAAUCUGCAAAGGAGUGGUUCCUUCAAGCAGCAAAAGAUAAAUCUGCAGUUGCCAAACAUUUUGUGGCCCUCUCUACCAAUGGACCCAAAGUGACAGACUUCGGCAUCGACCCGGCGAACAUGUUUGAGUUUUGGGAUUGGGUUGGUGGACGAUAUUCUUUGUGGUCUGCAAUUGGUUUGUCCAUCGCACUUCAUAUUGGAUACGAGAACUUUGAGAACCUGUUGGCUGGAGCUCAUUGGAUGGACACUCAUUUUCGUACGGCCCCAUUGGAUCAGAACGCACCAAUGCUGCUCUCCUUGCUGGGCGUCUGGUACAUUAAUUUCUUUCAGGCUGAGACGCAUUGCCUGUUACCCUACGAUCAGUACAUGCACCGCUUUGCUGCGUACUUCCAACAGGGUGACAUGGAGUCUAAUGGAAAAUACAUCACAGUUAACGGUGGGCGAGUGAACUAUCACACCGGGCCAAUCGUAUGGGGAGAACCAGGAACUAACGGACAGCACGCAUUCUACCAGCUCAUUCAUCAAGGAACUCGCAUGGUCCCUGCUGACUUCCUGAUUCCCGCACAGAGCCAGCAUCCAAUCAGAAACAACCUUCACCAUAAGAUUCUGAUGGCUAAUUUCCUGGCCCAGACGGAGGCUCUGAUGAAGGGAAAGACGACAGAAGAGGCAAAGAAAGAGCUGGAGGCUGGAGGGCUGAGUGGAGAAAAGCUAGAGAAGAUUCUUCCACACAAAGUAUUCCAAGGAAACAAGCCGACAAAUUCAAUCAUUUUCAAAAAGUUGACUCCGUAUACACUGGGCGUGCUGAUUGCCAUGUAUGAACACAAGAUCUUCAUUCAAGGCGUCAUGUGGGAGAUUAACAGUUUUGAUCAGUGGGGUGUGGAACUCGGGAAACAGCUGGCAAAGAACAUUGAACCUGAGCUUCAGGAUUCUGCAGAGGUCAGUUCUCACGAUUCGUCCACGAACGGCCUCAUCAACUUCCUCAAGAAGAACUUUGCUUGAAUGCAGCAUGAGCACGACUGUGGUGUUCACCAGAACCUUCACUCACUCUCGAAACCCCUGCGCUGCUAAACCACGACUCUGUGGGACGCCUGCAACCUGCUGUGUGUGAUCGGCUGAACUACAAAUAAAAGAUUAAACACUUUGUUGUCUUGGCACAGAAUUUUACAUUUUAAUAAGAAUCUGAAAUACUUGGUUUGAAAACUUUAAUGUACUGUAUUUUUAAUUCACAAUUAAACCAUAAUUGUAGAACCAUAGAUCAUAAAUCCCUCUUCUAAUGUCUGGCAUGCUACAGUUUGAAAUCAUUGCAUACAACACUGUUUUUUGUAAGUAGCAACCAGUAUGCAGUGUAUACUUCAGAGUACUAUGCAGUAAGCCGUACAGUAGUAUUACAUUACAAACAGUUUUUUGGUUGCAAGAUAUCAGAAUGGUAAGUGAUUUAUUCACCACCACCAGGUAGCACUAUAAGUCCAUGUCUGUAACAUCCAGUCAGUCUUUUAGUUCCCAGUGUUUCCUUUUUGGAACAUGAGGGCAAAGGUCACCUGUGGUCUGUUUUAUUCAAAUAGCAAACCUCUGUAAACUACAAGCAUCUAGAGAGAGGGAGAGAGAGAGAGAGAGACGAUCAAAACAUUUUCACAUCAUGUUGAUGAAUAUGACCUCUAGAAUCGAAAUAAACAGUGUUUACUGGCA